ACCUGUAAAUGGGGAACUCUGGGGUGAAACUGAUAAUAUAGCACCAGAUGAUCACUCACUAGAGCAGGAAAAUGAAAGAGAAUAUGAAAUGGACCAUGAAGGGAAAGCAAGCCCAGUUGGAAGUGAUAGUAGCUCUAUUCCAGAUGAUUUGGGCUCAGAACCAAAGCGGACAUUGCCAUUUAGAAAAGGGCCAAAUUUUACUAUGGAGAAAUUUUUAGACCCAUCACGUCCAUAUAAGUGUACAGUGUGUAAAGAGUCCUUCACACAAAAGAACAUUCUUUUGGUCCAUUAUAAUUCAGUGUCUCAUUUGCAUAAACUCAAAAAGGUAUUACAAGAAGCAUCAAGUCCAGUUCCUCAAGAGACCAACAGCAGCGCUGAUAACAAACCAUACAAGUGCAGCAUUUGCAAUGUUGCGUAUAGCCAAAGUUCUACAUUGGAAAUUCAUAUGAGGUCCGUUCUACACCAAACAAAGGCAAGGGCUGCAAAACUAGAACCAAGCAUUAACAGCACUAGUGGAAGUAAUAUAGCAGGGAACAUUAGUAGCCCAAGCCAAGGGAUGCUAGAUUCUAUGAGUUUGCCAACUGUAAACAGCAAAGAAACACACACAGAUGCCAAAGAAAUAAACAAAAAACAAGCUUCUGAGGUUAUACCUCCCCAAGCAACACACCAUCCUCCCCAGUCACCAGCACAGCUUCAAAUGCAACUACAGCAUGAGCUGCAACAGCAAGCUGCAUUCUUUCAGCCCCAGUUUUUAAAUCCAGCAUUUUUGCCGCACUUCCCUAUGACUCCUGAAGCACUAGUUCAAUUUCAACAGCCUCAGUUCCUUUUCCCAUUUUAUAUUCCCGGGACAGAGUUUAGCCUAAACCCUGAUCUAGGACUGCCUGCAUCAGCUGCAUUUGGAAUGCCUGGAAUGGCAGGAAUGACAGGCUCAUUGCUUGAAGAUUUAAAAUUACAGAUUCAAACACAACAUCAAGUUGGACAGACCCAGCUACAAUUACUGCAGCAGCAAGCACAGCAGUAUCAAACAGCACAAUCUCAGCAUCAACUGCAAAAACAGCAGCAUUCCAGUAGAAUUGUAAAACAGGAACAAAACAAUGUAUCAACUGUUGAAGCCCAGGUACCAAAAGAUGUUCAGUGUUAUAAAGACCCAGAAGAAGUGUCUGAAAAGCAAGAAAAACCAAAGCAGGAAAUUCCAAAUGAAAAUGAAACAGUUAAAGAGAAUAAGGAUGUAAAAAAACAAAAGUCAUUGGAAUCAUUGAUUCCACCACCCCGUAUUGCUUCUGGUGCUAGAGGGAAUGCAGCAAAAGCUUUGUUGGAAAACUUUGGAUUUGAGCUAAUUAUACAAUAUAAUGAAAACAGGCAGAAGGUACAAAAGAAAAACAAGCUGGGUGAUGGUGAGAACAAUGACAAGCUAGAAUGUGGAGCGUGCAAUAAAUUAUUUUCCAAUAUUCUUAUCCUAAAGAGUCAUCAGGAACAUGUUCAUGGACAAUUUUUCCCCUAUAAUGAGUUAGAAAAAUUUGCUCGUCAAUAUAGGGAAGCAUAUGAUAAGCUUUAUCCAAUUACACCAUCAUCUCCAGAGACACCUCCUCCACCGCCACCACCACCACCACCGCCACCUCCUGCACCACCAGUACAAGCCCCUCCUCCACUGACAUCUGCUGUGCCUGUUAAAUUGCCAAGCUCCACUUCAACUCCAUUGCAAGCUCCACCACCAACACCACCUCCUCCGCCACCACCUCCCCCACCACCACCACCUCCACCUCCCCCACCUCCACCUUCAGCUCCACCACAAGUCCAGCUACCUGUAUCUUUAGACCUUCCUCUGUUUCCACCAAUUAUGAUGCAAUCAGUCCAGCAUCCAGCUUUACCUCCACAGCUUGCACUUCAGUUGUCUCCUAUGGAUGCUUUGUCAGCAGAUCUUACUCAAAUGUGCCAACAGCAGUUGGGCUUAGAUCCAAAUUUCUUGCGUCAUUCUCAGUUUAAACGACCACGUACAAGAAUUACAGAUGAUCAGCUAAAGGUACUGCGUGCUUACUUUGACAUCAAUAAUUCUCCAAAUGAAGAACAAAUUCAGGAAAUGGCUGAUAAAUCUGGGCUGUCUCUGAAGGUUAUUAAGCACUGGUUUCGUAAUACUUUAUUUAAAGAACGACAGAGGAAUAAAGAUUCACCUUAUAACUUUAGCAAUCCACCAAUAACAGUCUUGGAAGAUAUUAGAAUUGAACCUCCGCCAUCUCCUUUAGAUCUGCACAGGUCAGAUUCAGCUUUCAGCAAGAGGUCAUCUAGAACAAGGUUUACAGACUACCAACUUAGAGUCUUACAGGAUUUUUUUGACACAAAUGCAUAUCCAAAGGAUGAUGAAAUUGAGCAACUUUCCACAGUACUUAAUUUAGCCACACGUGUUAUUGUUGUGUGGUUCCAAAAUGCACGUCAGAAAGCACGUAAAAGUUAUGAAAAUCAAGCAGAGACUAAAGACAGUGAAAAGAGAGAACUCACUAAUGAGCGUUAUAUUCGAACUAGUAACAUGCAGUAUCAAUGUAAGAAAUGCAGUGUUGUGUUUCCCAGAAUUUUUGAUUUGAUUACACAUCAGAAAAAGUUAUGCUACAAAGAUGAAGAUGAUGAUAUUCAAUAUGAAAGCCAAAAUGAAGAUUCUUCAGAUGCUACAGAUCAACCCAUGCCAAAGACUUGCUCUAAUAUUAGUCAAGCAGAUGCAUCAAAAACAGCUGCAACCACAGUAAGUUCUGGCUCUGGCUCCAGUACCCCAUUAAUGCCAUCACCCAGACCAGAGUUAGGCAAAAUUUCACCUAAGCCUGACACACAGACAGAGAAACCAAAGCAAAUUGAUGCCAUUGCAAGUUCAUUAGCCUCCAAAUUAAUACAGUCUAAUUCUGCAAUGUCUUCUGAUGUGCAGCCUUCAGCAGCUCAGCAAAGAUCAUCUCAACAAAUAGGAAGACCUUCGUCUGCAUCACAAACAACUUCUGUUGCUUCUAGUCCAUUACCACUGUCUAUGACUUCCCUCCAGAACAGUCUACCUCCUCAGAUGUUACAAUACCAAUGUGAUCAGUGUACAAUUGCCUUUCCAAAUUUGGAGCUAUGGCAGGAACACCAGCACAUGCAUUUCUUAGCAGCCCAAAACCAAUUUCUCCAUUCACAAUUUUUAGAAAGACCAAUGGACAUGCCAUAUAUGAUUUUUGACCCAAAUAAUCCUCUAAUGGCUGGACAAUUGCUAAGUGGUUCCAUUGCUCAUAUGCCACCACAGCCAGGUUCAACACAUGCAGCAACUCCUGUUUCUGCUCUUAAAAGAAAGUUGGAUGAAAAAGAUGAUAAUAAUUGUAGUGAAAAGGAAGGAGGAAACAGUGGCGAGGACCAACAUCGAGAUAAACGUUUAAGAACAACAAUAACUCCAGAGCAGCUUGAAAUACUUUAUGAGAAAUAUUUGCUGGAUUCCAAUCCAACUCGAAAAAUGCUUGAUCACAUUGCACGUGAAGUAGGUCUAAAGAAGAGAGUGGUACAAGUCUGGUUUCAAAACACAAGAGCCAGAGAAAGAAAAGGUCAGUUUCGAGCUGUAGGUCCAGCACAGUCUCAUAAAAGGUGCCCUUUUUGUAGAGCAUUGUUUAAGGCAAAGUCAGCAUUGGAAAGUCAUAUCCGGUCUCGUCACUGGAAUGAAGGAAAGCAGGCAGGCUACAGUUUGCCACCUAGUCCUCUAAUCUCAAUGGAAGAUGGUGGUGAAAGCCCACAUAAGUAUAUGUUUUUUGAUUAUCCCUCACUCCCAAGGACUGACACAUUAAGUGAAAAUGAUUUACCUUCCACUGUUUCCACACCAGUCAGUAAGACUGCUGAACUAUCCCCAAAGAAUCUUUUAAGUCCAUCAUCUUUUAGGGCAGAGUGUAAUGAGGAUAUAGAUAACCUAAAUGCUACUUCUGCAGAAACUGGAUUUGAUCAAAGUAAAAAUGACUUUGAUGAAACAUCUUCGAUUAAUACAGCAAUUAGUGAUGCCACAACUGGGGACGAGGGAAACAAUGAUAUGGAAAGCACCACUGGUAGUUGUAGAGAUGUAAAAACUCCCAAAGAACCAAAAAUGCAUAUAAAUGACAGUUUGCCAAAAACAGGAACUACUCCCACUAUGGACAAUUGUGAUGACAAAUUUUACUUUUCAUUAACAAAUACAUCACACAGCAGUAUGGAUAGAGAAAGUGAUCUUGACCAAAGCAUUUAUAUGACUGAUGAGUAUGAGGACAAUGCUGAUCGUAGUGAAACCUCAAGUAUUGCUGAUCCAGAUCCCAGUUCACCAAACUCAUUUGGGAGUAACAGCCUUUUUAAAACCAAAAAUAGUGAUCGACCUGGUCAUAAACGUUUUAGAACUCAAAUGAGUAAUCUUCAGCUUAAGCUACUUAAAGCUUGCUUUUGUGAUUAUCGGACUCCAACCAUGCAAGAAUGCGAAAUCCUGGGCAAUGAGAUUGGUCUUCCCAAGCGUGUUGUCCAAGUUUGGUUCCAAAAUGCACGUGCAAAAGAAAAGAAAUUUAAAAUUAACAUAGGGAAGCCAUUCAUGAUUAACACAACUGGGGCAGAUGGAACAAGACCAGAGUGUUCCCUAUGUGGGGUAAAAUAUUCAGCACGAGUGUCCAUCCGAGAUCAUAUAUUUUCUAAACAACACAUUGCAAAGGUGAGAGAAGCAGUGGGUAGUCAACUUGAUCGUGAAAAAGAUUAUUUGGCUCCCACAACUGUGCGACAGCUAAUGGCACAACAAGAACUGGACCGCAUAAAGAAGGCAACAGAUGUUUUAGGCUUAACGGUACAGCAGUCAAGUAUGAUAGAGAGUAAUUCUCUUCAUGGACUCAAUCUGCCAGCAUCUUACCAAGGGCUACCUGGCCUUCCUUCAGUUCUUCUACCUGGGAUGAACAGCCCAUCUCCAUUGCCUGGGUUUACACAGAGCUCAAAUGCUCUAACAUCUCCUGGUGCAGGCAUGCUUGGGUUUCCUUCUUCAGCUACUUCAUCUCCUGCUC